UCUGACAGCAUGGCGGCCUACGAAGCCAUUCUGACGGAAUGUUUUUCGUCAAUUGACACAGAAAUCAUCGAUUAUGUAAAUGGUCUGCUUGAAGAUGGACAUGAUGAAAUUGACACACCUGAUGACCUGUUUGAGGCCAUUGGAAUCAUGCUUUUACAGACAGAUGAGAGCAAGACUGAGGAUGACAUCAAGGAUAUAUGUGGGAGAUUAUAUGGUAUCAUGAAUGGGUCUCGGGAUAGUAACUCUCCAGAUCAAUCUCAUAAAAGGAUGCUGACUGCCCCAGUUCAAAUGUCCCUACUAGGCAAGGAAGGCGAACCCCUAACCCAGACCAAAAGCAUUUGGAUAGCCAAAAAAGAAAAUGCAUCGCAAGUUGAUCCCAAAAAACUAGAAAAAGCGGAAGCAAAAAUCCUUAAAAACAAGGACAGGAAAGGAAAUGUACCAAAAGCAAAGACGAAUGGGGCCCAUGAUGAAGCAAGUGCUAGUCAACAGUUCAACAGAAAAGAUGUCAAGUUUGAUGCCUCUGGAGCAAACAGAUCAUAUGACAUCAAAAUUGACAACUUUGAUAUAGCAUUUGGUGAAAAGGUUCUUAUUACGGGUGCAUCAAUACAACUGUUAGCUGGGAGAAGAUAUGGCUUUGUUGGCAGAAAUGGUCUCGGUAAAACAACUUUAUUGAGAAUGAUAUCCAAAAAAAGCCUGAAGAUUCCUUCCCAUAUAUCAGUGUUACACGUAGAGCAGGAAGUCCACGGUGACGAUACAGUGGCUCUCCAGAGUGUACUGGAGUGUGACCUCAAGAGAGAAGCCUUACUACAGGAAGAAAAAGACAUUUCAAAUAAACUUUCUGCAAAUAAUGCAAAAUGUGAUGGUGAAUUGUCAUCACGGUUAACAGAGAUUUACCACGAAUUAGAAGCCAUGGACGCCGCCAAGGCACCAUCCCGUGCUGGUGUCAUUCUAGCUGGUCUAGGAUUUACACCCAAAAUGCAGGCUGCACCCACAAAAGAAUUCUCAGGAGGCUGGCGAAUGAGAUUAGCUUUGGCGAGGGCACUGUUUUCAAAGCCAGAUUUACUGUUGCUUGAUGAACCUACAAACAUGUUGGAUAUGAAGGCCAUCAUAUGGCUAGAAAACUAUUUACAGAGUUGGCCCACCACGAUAUUGGUAGUGUCUCACGACCGACAGUUCCUCAAUGCAAUAGCUACAGAUAUAUUGUCACUACACAACCAGAAGAUAGACACAUACAGAGGCAACUAUGAAGUCUUCCACAAAACACGUGAAGAACGGCUACUUGCCCAGCAGAGAGAAUUUGAGGCACAGCAGCAGUACCGUGAUCAUAUACAGGUUUUCAUCGAUAAGUUCAGAUACAAUGCCAAACGUGCUUCACAAGUCCAGAGUAAAUUAAAGAUAUUAGAAAAAUUACCGAAACUAGUACCCGUGGAGAAAGAAUCUAAAGUCCAGUUCAAAUUCCCUGAAUGUGAGAAAUUGUCUCCACCUAUUCUGAUGUUAGAUGAAGUGAAUUUCUACUAUACAAAGGAAAAAAUUAUAUUCAAAAAUAUAUGUAUAAAUGCCAAUAUGGACUCCAGAAUUUGUAUUGUUGGAGAGAACGGAGCUGGUAAGACUACAUUGCUGAAGAUCUUGUUAGGAAACCUUGACCCUGUGAGUGGGAUCCGUCAUGUACAUCGUAACCUUUCGAUUGGCUACUUUAGUCAGCACCACGUUGAUCAGUUAGCCAUGGGUUUGUCCUCACUAGAACUGAUGGCUGAGCGAUUCCCAGGUAUGAACUCUGAGGUGUACCGAGGAAAGUUAGGAAUGUAUGGCGUAAGUGGUGACCUUGCCCUACGACCUGUGUCCAGCCUCUCAGGAGGUCAAAAGUCAAGGGUUGCAUUUGCUCUGCUCGGAAUGAAAAACCCAAAUUUCUUCAUCCUUGACGAACCUACCAAUCAUUUGGAUAUGGAAACGAUAGAAGCCCUUGGUAACGCAUUGGCUAAAUUCCAGGGAGGUGUUGUGCUUGUAUCCCAUGACGAGCGUCUUAUACGUAUGGUGUGUACAGAAUUGUGGGUAGUGAGGAAUGGUGGAGUGGAGACAUUAGAAGGAGGCAUUGAUGAAUACAAACAUAUUGUGGAGAAGGAGCUUGAACUAAAUUGUUGAUGACCAUCUCCUACUUAACUCUGAUGUAGACUAUUUAUAACGUCUUGGUAAACAUCAUAUUAAAUGCUGGAGUAGUUCUGUUCCAGUGAAACACACAACAAUUUGUAGAUUCAGUGAAAUCUUUUUAAAGCAAACAUUAGCUGAUCUGCAGUACUGUAAAAUAGCUGAUGGAGAAACAUUAUCUGAAAUAAACACACCAAUAUAUCUACUGUGAAACCUAUAUUAACUGAACACAUCAGCAGAACUACUGUGGAACCUGUCCAAACAGUACAUGAUUGAUAUGGUACGCGAGACCUGUCUUAACUGAGCACAUAAGUAGAACUACGGUGAAACCUGUCUAAACAGUACACAAAUUGAUCUUCUGUGAAACCUGUCUUAACUGAGCACAUAAGUAGAACUACGGUGAAACCUGUCUAACAGUACAUGGAUUGAUCUUCUGUGAAACCUGUCUUAACUGAACACAUCAGCAGAACUAAAAUGAAACCUGUCUAACAGUACAUGGAUUGAUCUUCUGUGAACACUUCUGAAACAGAACACAUCAGUUGACUUACAGUGAAUCCUGUCUAAACAAUCAGCCUCAACUCAUGUCUUGGUAUAUUGACAUUUUGAACUGUACUGAUGGACCUUACCUAGAUAUGUAUAAAUGGACACUAAGUUGAAUGUCUUGAAUAUGCACAAGUCUUGUUUGUAGGUUGUUUUGUACAGACAUGUUAUACACUGGAACAAUUUUUUAAACUGGAUUAAAUGAAGAUUGCCAGAAUUGAUGCCUUAAUACAAAAAUGUUCCAAGAUAAAUUGUUAUCAAUGGACCCAACAUGCACACAACUUUUUCAUAAAUGGCAGAUAUGUAGUUGUAUUUUGAUGACUAGCCUGUAGUUCCCUAUUCCCAUGGUACUUAAUGGAAAGCGGCUGGUGCUGUAAUUGUUUUUGUAAGCAUACUAUUUAAAAUUAGCUGAAAGACAAUUUGAUUAAUGAUUAUAUCAAUAAUUGUUGAACAGAAACCGCUUGUGCAUUUUACAGCCAUUGUUUUAGUUGCCAUGAGAAUAGGGAACAUGUGACAAUACUAUAGGAGAACAGGGUAGACUGUUAAGGUUGAUAUUUUCAAAUAUUUCUAUUUUUAAUUUGAGAACAGAAAACAUAAUAUGUGAAAACUAGGUACCUUGAAAAUGUUAUGACAAAUGUACCAUAUUUCACCUACAAUUAGCUCUGUUUUCUAACACAUAUUACCUCUAUCUCAAUGUCAAGGGGUGGACUUAUUACGAGAUGUAUUAACAUUGAUUUGUUAGUAAUUUCAAUGAAAAGCAAAAGAUUUGGAUGACCUGAUUACUAGGCACUGUCUUAUUGCUGGAUAAGAAGGUCUUUAGAGAAACUCAUGGUUCAUUUCUUCGGUAAAAAAUAACUCCUUUUAGCUUAAAAUUUUGGUAAGAGAGUAAAUAUUCAAUCCAUUAAAAAAUGGACAUUUAUGGUAUCCAGCUUGAAAUUACAACAGAAAAUUCUUUAUGAGUUUUUUAGGUUGCCUUUGGGACAUGUCUACACAUAUAUCAUAGUGCAGUUGGUUAUUGUUGAGAGUUUACUGAAUUGUGUAAGACAUGUCAUAUCUAAAUUAAACCAUAUCUCAUUCAGGAAUGAGAAUUCAUAACCAUGGAAAAGUGUGAAGAUUUCUAAAGACAGGAGGAUAUGUUACAACAUUGUUUUCCUGAGAUAAACAUUGUUUUUAUAAACUAGAAAAUGAUUGUGUGAGGAGUGGAGUAAUGAAGAAUGUAAGUGUAUGCGAGUGCUGGCGAAUAUAUUAAAAGUGAGGAUUGUAAAGUAAGCUAGGAAUCAAAGGGUCUAUAUUAGAGGCUCUGAAAGGUGAAAGUGAAGUUUACUCGAAAAAUGUAUAAUUGGAUUGAAUAUUUAAAUCAUCAUCAGAUGAUUGAUAAAAACAGUAAACUACAUGUAUUACAUGUGAGUAAUGUGUUCUUGUAUCAUGGCGGUUUUUGUUGUUUUUUUAAGUUCAUAUGGCACAUAUAUACUAUGUGAGAAGUUAAACGUAUGCCAAUAUAAUAAAAAUAUUAUGAUGUAGUAUUCCUCACCUGACUCGUACGCGUCCACCUGUGGAAUUUAUUUAGCUGUUUGUUUUGUGACAAGAUUGCAAAAUCAUGGUUUUCAUAAAGAAAGCACAUUUUCAGUUUAACAAUGCAAUUUAGCUUAGAUUUACCAGGAAAGAACAAAAGAAGAUUCCAACUCAAGUGCUGAUAUUUUUUCCAGUCUGUCUGAAUUCCAAGAUGGUAGCUAUACUCACUAUCUUGAAAACUUGUUUCAAACUUUUAAAAAAGGAGAAAAUUCAAUAAAAGUUUAAAUACAAAGUGAUUUUGUGCAACUCCAACCUAUAGUCAAUAAAUUGUUGUUUUUCAUCUUUAUAAAAAAUUUGAUGCUGCACUGAGCUCACCUGGCAUGGCUGACCUCUGUCUUUCCGUCAACAUUUCAUUUAAAUUGCUACCAACCAUGAACACCUGAAUGGAUUUUGAUAAAAUUUUGUCUGGAGCAUUUUCGGGCAAAGGAAUUCCCGUGUUGUGUAAACAAAGGGUGUGGCUCACCUGGGGCCAGAGGGGGUGGGGCCCAGUAUGUAAGUCCUUUAAUUGGUACUAGUUCUGACGACUGCAUGAAUUUUGAUGAAAUUUGGUUUGGAGCAUUACUGGGCAAAAGAAAUCUAAUGUUGUAUAACCAGAGGGUUUGGGUCCAUUGGCGCCAAAGAGACCCAAUAGGGAAAAUAUUGCAAAAAAAAAAACAACAAAAAAACUCUCUAAAAUCCUUUUGAAUGAAAGGCAAAUCACAAAUCACAAAGACAGUAGGAAAAUAUUUGUAGUAUACAUUUAAUGAUAAAUAUAACUUAAAUGUAAGUUAAUGUAUUUUGCCAUGAUUACUGAAAUAUCCAGGUGAGCAAUGCAGGCCCUCUGGGCCUCUUGUUUCAUAAGAUUGCACCAUUAUCUAACUAAACAUAUUUGUAUUGAGACCAUUAGUGACUUCAACUUCCAGUGUAAUUUUAUUAUAUUAACUAGUUAUUUUAAUGCAAUAUAAUAGAACAUUUCUAGUCAAGUGAUUCUACAUACAUUAAAGUGUAAGCUCCACAAACUCAGUACAUUUGAUAUUCCAGUAUAUGUCACAGAAUAUUCCAGUAUACUUUAUAGAAUAUUCCAGUAUAUGUCACAGAAUAUUCCAGUAUACUUUAUAGACUAUUCCAGUAUACUUUAUAGAAUAUUCCAGUAUACGUCACAGAAUAUUCCAGUAUACUUUAUAGAAUAUUCCAGUAUACUUUAUAGAAUAUUCCAGUAUACUUUAUAGAAUAUUCCAGUAUACUUUAUAGACUAUUCCAGUAUACGUCGCAGAAUAUUCCAGUAUACUUUAUAGAAUAUUCCAGUAUACUUUAUAGAAUAUUCCAGUAUACUUUAUAGAAUAUUCCAGUAUACUUUAUAGACUAUUCCAGUAUACGUCACAGAAUAUUCCAGUAUACUUUAUAGAAUAUUCCAGUAUACUUUAUAGAAUAUUCCAGUGUACUUUAUAGAAUAUUCCAGUGUACUUUAGGGAAUAUUCCAGUGUACUUUAUAGACUAUUCCAGUAUACUUUAUAGACUAUUCCAGUAUAGUUUAUAGAAUAUUCCAGUAUACUUUAUAGAAUAUUCCAGUAUACUUUAUAGACUAUUCCAGUAUACGUCACAUAAUAUUCCAGUAUACUUUAUAGAAUAUUCCAGUAUACUUUAUAGAAUAUUCCAGUAUACUGUAUAGACUAUUCCAGUAUACUUUAUAGACUAUUCCAGUAUACUUUAUAGACUAUUCCAGUGUACUUUAUAGAAUAUUCAGUAUACUUUACAGACUAAUCCAGUAUAUGUCACAGAAUAUUCCAGUAUACUUUAUAGACUAUUCCAGUAUAUGUCACAGAAUAUUCCAGUGUACUUUAUAGAAUAUUCCAGUAUACUUUAUAGAAUAUUCCAGUACACUUUAUAGACUAUUCCAGUAUACUUUAUAGAAUAUUCCAGUAUACUUUAUAGACUAUUCCAGUAUAUGUCACAGAAUAUUCCAGUAUACUUUAUAGAAUAUUCCAUUGUACUUUAUAGACUAUUCCAGUAUACUUUAUAGAAUAUUCCAGUGUACUGUAUAGAAUAUUCCAGUGUACUUUAUAGAAUAUCCCAGUAUACUUUAUAGAAUAUUCCAGUGUACUUUAUAGAAUAUUCCAGUGUACUGUAUAGAAUAUUCCAGUAUACUUUAUAGAAUAUUUCAGUGUACUGUAUAGAAUAUUCCAGUGUACUUUAUAGAAUAUUCCAGUGUAAUUUAUAGAAUAUUCCAGUAUAAUUUAUAGAAUAUUCCAGUAUACUAGAAGAGUAUAAAAUCUUCUUUUUAGGUCAUCUGACCCGAAGAUUCAGGAUGACCUAUAGUCAUCAUGCUUUGUCUGUCGUCGUGCGUUGUGCGUACAUUUUUCAUUCAAAUGACUUCUUCUCAAUAACCAGAAGUCCCAGGGUACUGAUAUUGGGCCUGUAGCAUGCUUAUAUAAAGCCCUACCAAAUUUGUUAAAAUGGAUGACCUUGACAUACUUUCAACGUCACAGGGAUCAAAUAGGCUAAAAUCUUCAAACAACUUCUUCUCGAUAAAUAUGCGUCCCAGGGACUGAAUAUUAAUCUUGUUGCAUGCUGGGGCAAAGGGCUACCAAGUUGUUAAAAUGAAUGACCUUGACCUACAUUCAAGAUCACAGGUUGAAAUGUUCAAACAACUUCUCAGUAACCAAGAGUGCCAAGGAGUUGAUAUUGGAUCUGUAAUAUUCUGGGGCGUAGGGUUACCAAGAUUGUUCGAGUGAAUAACCUUGACCUCCUUUUAAGAUUACAGUACUCAGGUCUUCAAACAACUUCUCAACCAAAACCUCCAUGCCAAUCUGCGAUUUAGGCCCAUAAGGCCUCUUUCUAUUUGAUAUUCUUUAUUGUAGUACACAAUCACCAAUAAUUUUGUCAGAUGAUCGUUAAGGCCCAUGGGCCUCUUGUUUAUUACCUCAGCAAUAUUAGAAUUUUGAACUUCAAAACAUUUAGCUUAUUAAUAAAUUCAUCAUUUCGUUGAUAACCAUAAAUUGCCAGUAUAUAUGUUUGAAUGCUGAAUGAUAACAUAGUGAUAUGUUCUUAUUUAUACAAGCUACAUAUUGUGCAUCAUGGCACCGCUUUAAGUUGCACAUACAUGUAUCUGCUGCAAAAGAAUUGAAUGUUGGCAGGUAGUAACUACCUAGAAUCUGUGAUAUAUCUGAUUUAUAAUAAAAUCAGUGAUUUACAGAA